UUUUUUUUUGGUGGAGAAUGCGAAGGGCAAAAUUGAGGCAAAAUUAAGGGCAAAAUUCUGGUUUUUUUUAGUUUUUAUAACGAAGCUAAGAUUGCUUUUUAGCUCUUAGGAUGAAUCUUUGUCUGCUUCUGAGAGCUUUGUUACCAAAACUGCAGGUGCUGUAACUGCAGAUGUGACCUUGAAAAGUCCAGGCGGACUGCCAAUACUCUGGGAUGUUUUGUAAACUUUUGUGCACUCUCGGUAAACUUUUUUUGGCUGCUGCUAGCCUGUCUUUGUAAAGAGAAAAAAAAAAAAAUGUAUACAAUGUGGCAUACAGCUCCAGAGGAAGCUGCUAAUUUUGUAGAGCUUGGGGUUUUAAAACCAUCUCCCAGUCUCUCCUUUGAAUCCCUGAUGCAUUUUCUGAAUGCCCAUUUGACCAUGUUGUCAAUCUCCUUGAAUGCACUACUCAUCAUUCUAGUCAUUUCACUCAGUAUCUAUUUUUUGAGGAAGCCUUCUCCAAAGCCAGAGGAUACUGAGUGGCAGGGAGUGUGGAGAAAAUUGGGAGAGACCUUAGAGAGAUGGGAGUCUCCGGUGUCAUGGAACUUUACUCCUGAACACAUGGAAGAUCCUGAGAGCCUAAGUGAAUAUUUGAGACAGAGAUGUGACAGCUUUGGCGAAUCUGAGGAGGCACAAAUCAUUUGGGGCCUAGCUCAUGCUUAUCGGGCCUUAUUCAAUACUAUCCCAGAGAGGGAGAGACAGUUUGAAACCAAAAUACAGGGUCUCCAAGCUGAAAUACAGGGUCUCCAAAUCAAAAUAGAUUGUUUCCAAGCUGAGAGAGAGAGUUUCCAAAAGGAAAGGGAGAGUUUCUGUCAGAAAGUACUGAAUGAGCGAGAGAGUCUCCAAGCCGACAUGCAGAGUUUCGAGGAGCGGGUCCGAGCUGAAAAUGGGAAUCUCCUAACCAGAGAAAGAAAUCUUCGAAUUGGCCAAGAGUGUCUCCAAGCUGAGAAAGAAAUUCUCCAAGCUGAAAAGGAAGAUCUCCGAGCUGAAAGAGAUAAUCUCCAAUCUCAGGAGAACAUCUUCCAAUCGGAAUGGUACACCUUCCAAAAUGAGCGGGACACUCUGCAAUCUGAGCGAGACACUUUCCAAAAUGAGCGGGACACUCUGCAAUCCAAGCUCGACUGUCUCCAGUUUGAGCGGGACACUCUCCAAUCUGAGCGAGACACUUUCCAAAAUGAGCGGGACACUCUGCAAUCUGAGCGAGACACCUUCCAAAGAGAGCGGGACACUCUACAAUCCCAGCUUAACAGACUCCAAACAGAACUACACGCCCUCCAAUCCAACUUUCAUGCCGUAACAGAAAAGUUGGUCCAAGCCGAGCUUGAGAGACAGAGCAUGAAAAACAACCAGCCUGAUCAACCACAGAAGGCACCACAACUGAUUUCAGUUGCCCCUGUAAGAGGACGGAAGGUGAAACGAAUAUCGCUUCCUUUGGAACAGGAGACAGCAAAGCGAGAAGGUCCAGGGGAGCCACCCCAAAGUCCAGGGGAAGGGCCCUCAACAAGAUCCCGGUCACCAACGCCCACCAGGGCAACAACAACUGAAAGAGACGUUGAAACCCUUACUACUUGUCCUCUGAAAAUGACUGAACUUCGAGUCUUGAGAAAAGACUUUACACAGCACCCAGGUGAACGCAUUGUCACCUGGCUACUUCGAUGCUGGGACAGUGGGGCCAACAGUGCACUGCUAGACAGUACAGAAGCCUGCCAGCUGGGAAGUAUUGCCAGAGACUCAGCGAUUGACAGAGAUAUCAGAAGAUGCCAGGAUGAGUCUUUCACCCUUUGGAAGCGGAUGCUAUUAGCUGUGAAGGAAAAGUACCCCUUCAAAAACGAUCUGAUGCCUGAGGCAAAGAAAUGGACUACUAUGGAGAAGGGCAUCCAAUAUUUGAGAGAAUGCGCUGUAGUGGAAAUGUUACAUGACCCUGGAUUCAUUCCUGAUGAUCCAAACCAGGAGCAUGAUCCUGAGAGAAUCAGGUGUACACCAGACAUGUGGCAUCCAUUCACAAGAACUGCACCAGAAAAAUACGCCGGUACAUUAUCAGCCAUGUAUGGCAGAGGGGAAAGAAGACCCCCUAUGGGUGAACUGAUUUCCAGGCUCCAUGACUUUGAGAUACAUUUAACCCCUCUGCAAGUUUAUGCUUCAGCCACUGUAAAGGUGACUGAAAGACUGGAUAGACUUGAGAGUGAUCAUGAUGAUAUAAUAGAGGAACUGACUUCUUUGCCUCAUGACGAUAAACCUGAUGACAAUCAGGAUUAUCGAGACACCCUACGGGAGGGGCUGAGCAAUUUGUUUUCCUCCCAACUUGCAUCAUCCAACAUCUCAGCUACUAUAAGAAGAAGACAUCCUCCUGCUCAAGCAAGUGACAACAGUAAGACUAUGUCACGCGUUGCAUUGUGGCGUUUCCUACGUGACCAUGGAGAAGACAUGAAGAAGUGGCACAAAAAACCCACUCCUGCACUACAAGCAUGGGCAACAGAACUGCUAGCCAAAUCAAUCACCAAGGCGAAAUCCUCCGCUCCUGUCGCUGCGGGAUGUGGUAAAAGCCGUAAGGGCCCUGAUCAGAAGAACAAGGGAGGUAACAAGUAGAGGGGCCCUGCCCUCAGCCAGGGGGGGGAAAGGGAUAAUAGAGUUUAUUGGACUGUGUAGAUUCGAUGGCCUGACACAUCAGAACCACAGCAAUAUGAGGCACUGGUGGACACUGGUGCACAGUGCACUCUAAUGCCCUCGAGUCACCAAGGGACAGACUCAGUUUACAUUUCUGGGGUGACUGGGGGUUCCCAAGAGUUGACUGUGUUGGAGGCUGAAAUAAGCCUCACUGGUAAAGACUGGCAAAAACAUCCUAUUGUGACUGGUCCAGGGGCUCCGAGUAUCCUCGGUAUUGAUUACCUCAGGAGGGGACAUUUCAAGGAUCCCAAAGGGUAUCGAUGGGCCUUUGGAAUAGCUGCUGUAGACACAGACAAUGUUAAGCAGCUGUCGGUUUUGCCUGGCCUGUCAGAA